CUAAGAUGUAAACGAAAUCUAAUCUCCCGUUAUUUUCGUUUAAAUUGAAGGCACAAAAUUGAAAAACAAAUUAGUAGGGCUCGGCUCCAAUACAAGGCUCUGAUUUUUAUUUAUUAUGUUAAUUUGUUCUUGUGACAGUGUUAGACUAAUAUAGUACAGUGGUUGGUAGGAAACUGACAAGUUGAAAGAGAAAGACGAAGAUUUCUGCACUCUAAUUUAUAACAAUAAGCCAUGGCUGAAGCUCCAAAGCUCUAUACCAAUAAACCCAAAAAGGCGCAGCUGAAACAAUUUCAAGGGAAGGACUUUUCUUCACCAUCUUCAUCUUCGUCGUCAAUGGGGACUCACCCUCCACCUCCACCUCCACCUCAGCCCCCUAAGGAAUCAUUUGCUCGCCGUUACAAGUUCCUCUGGCCGUUGCUUCUCACUGUUAAUCUUGCUGUUGGAGCUUAUAUUUUCAUGAGAACGAAAAAGAAAGACACAGACGUAGAGCUAGUGGAUGAAGUUGCAACCCCAGUUGAAACAACAGCUACUGUCACUGUCCCCCUUGAUAAAUCUCUACCUACGCCGAUUGUCAAAGAGCCUCCCCCUAAAUUGCGACAACCAAUCUCAGAGAAUCAACAGCUUGAACUUUUCAAGUGGAUAUUGGAAGAAAAAAGGAAGAUUAAAACAAAUGAUCCCAAAGAAAGGAAGCGUAUCGAUGAGGAAAAAGCUUUGCUUAAGCAGUUUAUUCGAACAAAGUCUGUUCCGAGCAUAUAACUGGCGAACAACUGCUAUCAAAUGAUUAAGGAAUAUCUGAAAAAAAGAGGAAACACAAUUGUUUAGUAUUCCAAGUUUCUCACUUCCUUAUUUGUCACUACAUUAUGAUUAGACUUUUGCCAGUUUACAAUGGAAGUACUUAAAAAAAAAUUGCCAUGUGUAAAUCAAAAUGUUGUGUUUGGUCUGCUGCAGAAAUUUGUGGAUUUUGUAGUUGCUUGGUUACAGAUUACAAUGAGACAGUAGCAGUAUAAAACCACACUUUUCUAUUA